AUGACCGUGACACGAUCACAGACGGGCAAGACCCCUAAAAAGACGCAGCAGGACGUAUAUUUGGAGACCCCCUCGCGACGCAUCACCAGGAGUCGAUCGUCUGCCACCCCCGAAGUGAGCGCUGAGCUGGCUGAAUCGCUGGAGAAGCCGAAGAUGUCGAGCCCUCGCAAACGUGCAUCCGCGAAGCAGGUGGAAGAGUCCACUCUCAAGCCCAGCGUGGAGGUAGAAGUGUCUGCUUCUGCAGCUGCCAAUGGUGCCAAUGGCGCGCAUGAGAAGAGGGACGACGGAGCGCAGACCGAAGACCACAAAGUCACCGACCACAUCGAAUUUGGCGGAACUCCAGGGGUGACUGCGAUGAUGAUAGGGUUCCCUUGUCUGAUGUACUACAUGUGGAUUGGAGCGACCUACUACGACGGCGCGUUGCCGACUCCGUCUGAGGGACAGCCUACCACCGACUUCCUGCUACAUCUCGUCAACUUGGUGUACACCGGCGCAUUCCCUUCUCUGAAGGCGUGGACGAUCUACUGGGGCUUCUUCAUCUUCGAGGCUCUCGCAUACAUGUAUCUGCCCGGCAUCACCGUCAAGGGAAGGCCUUUGGAACAUCUGGGAGGGAAGCAAUUGACGUAUUACUGCUCUGCCGUCUGGUCCUUCUACACCACCAUCGUCCUGGCCGUUGUCCUUCACGUCACCGGAGUGUUCAAGCUGUAUACCAUCAUGGAUGAAUUCGGGCCCAUAAUGAGCGUAGCCAUCAUCACCGGCUUUGUGAUCUCUAUCAUCGCCUAUUUCUCUGCCAUUGCGCGUGGUGCUCAGCAUCGCGUGACCGGUUACCCGAUCUAUGACUUCUUCAUGGGUGCAGAGCUGAACCCGAGACUCUUUGGAAUAUUGGACUUUAAGAUGUUUUUCGAGGUUCGAUUGCCAUGGUACAUCCUUCUCCUUGUAUCUAUGGGUGCGGCGGCCAGACAAUAUGAGCUGUAUGGAUACGUCUCUGGAGAAGUGGGAUUCAUCCUCAUGGCGCACUUCUUGUAUGCCAACGCAUGCUCAAAGGGAGAGGAAUUGAUCAUUCCUACUUGGGACAUCUACUAUGAAAAAUGGGGUUUCAUGCUUAUCUUUUGGAACUUGGCUGGCGUUCCGCUCAGCUACUGCCAUUGUACUGUCUUCCUGGCGAACCGUCACCCUUCCACUUACGCCUGGAACAAAUAUGCCCUCGCUUUCCUCUAUAUCGCCUACCUUUUUGUCUACUGGGUCUGGGAUACCACCAACAGCCAGAAGAACAGAUUCCGCCAACAGUCGCGUGGUCAUGCCGUGAUCAGAAAGACCUUCCCGCAACUUCCAUGGCAAACUGUCAAGAACCCAAAGACAAUCACCUCGAAGAAGGGAGAUACUAUCCUUGCUGAUGGCUGGUACGGAUAUGCCCGCAAAAUUCACUACACGUGUGAUCUCUAUUUUGCCAUCAACUGGGGAUUGAUUACCGGAUUUACCAGCCCAUUCCCUUGGUUCUACCCUGUCUUCUUCGCUGCUAUGAUCACUCACCGUGCAACCCGAGACAUCCAACGAUGCCGUGCUAAAUAUGGAGAGGCAUGGACCGAAUAUGAGAAACAGGUUCCAUACCUUUUCAUCCCUUACGUGAUCUAA